AUGUAUCCAAGUGUCCAGAGUUUGGAAACUUCUGAGGCAGAUACUAGAAUACGAACAAGUUCUCAAAGCGUUCGCGUCGUCUCUAGUGGGCCUGGGGCGUUCUUCGUCUGGUCCAUUCGCGAAGCCGAGCAGCUGCGCUCUGUUCACCGAAUUAUCGGCGAAUUGGUCGGCUGUGCAGCGAAUCACGUCGGACAAAACCAGUUUCUCGGUUUACCUCUGGCGCUGGAUGUAGUUGAGGUGGCACUCGGAUUGACCGAGGGCUUUAUUACCCUCGAGGAGGCUCCCUGGACGCGGUAUCGCGGCUGUACGCCUGAGCUGCGUCAGGCGUUUGAAAGCGAACGGGAGACGAGUCGGCUAGAGCAAUUGGCCGCCGAAGCGAAGCUUGCAGAACAGAGAAGGCUACAGUUCAUGGCUGCCGAAGAGUGGAGAAUCGCACGCGAGCGUAAACGCUUCGGCCAAACAGCAGCAAGAAAGCGGCCUCAUUCCGGUGAAUGCAUCGUCCAUGGACAUUACCAGGCGGCCGACGAGUUAUGCGAGGGCUCCGCAACUGCUCAAGACGUGCCGCUGUGUGAAGAUGCUGGCCAGCCUUCACCUCCGAGAAAGCGACCACGCUUCUUGCAAAACGUGGAUCCCAUUCGAACAGCUGCGCGCUUGCUCUCGCACGUCCACAUGGAAUCUCUGCUCGGAGUCUUUCGGCGGGUUUGGCUCGCCUCGAGAGCUUGUUGGCAGAGUACUGCGUACGUGCUCACAUCCAGCGUUUUGAGUCAGCGCUAUCGCUCUGAGUCACGCGACUGGGAAACAGUUCCAGCGAGUGCAGUACAACAUGCGCGUUCAUCCAAACCCCAGGGAGAGGCGACGCUUCAGAGCGCAGCGGAUUCAAAGCGCGUACGACCGUAUCGAAUUCGAAUCCAUACCGAGAGGGCGCCUUUUGAAGUCCUCAAUGCAGACACGGCGGAAACGGUAUUGCUUGAUCAUACCAAUGUUUACGGGCAUGAAUUCUGGCGCAGCAUCACGCGCUCACCUCGUUUCCUCGUUUUCCGCGAUCUUUGGCGCCGAGGAUUCUACCUAACCAGCGGACACAAGUUUGGUGCGGAUUUUCUAGCAUAUGCGCAUGAUCCAUGUCUUUUUCAUGCGGGUCUCUGCGUGAUCGUCCUCAACAAAAACGACAUACUACGCCCGCGAGAUAUCAUUAGCGCAGGUCGUUUAGGCGUUGCCACGAAAAAGCGUGCGACUCUAGCCUGCGUCGAAGAUAUCGAGCAGGGUAUCGUCUCAUAUCGAGGCAUUGCUUGGUGUGAGGCUCUACCCUGA